CUGUACAUAUUGCACACACCAAGUAGCCCAUGUGAAACGGGAAAAUAGUACUCCCUCCGUUCUAAAUUACUCAUCGCAGGUGUAUCUAGAACUAAAAUAAAUCUAGAUACAUCCAUACCUGUGACAAGUAAUUCAGAACGAAGGGAGUACUUUCAUUAAACUGAUGGUGCUGAACCAGCUCUUUCCUCACACGGAACAGCAAAAAUUGUUGAUCCGGCGUUUUGCAGCUUGAUUAGUCAAUCCGAGCCACAUUUUUGAAAAAUACAAACAAACAAUUUUGAAAAAAAUACACACGUAUGUAUACCGCAUGUUUGUAAAGUUUCAUGGCUUUUUGUGUGUUGCUCACGUUAAAAUGUAUUUCAUCAUGAUUUUUUUUACAAACAUGCAAUAUACACUCAUGUACAUGUUUAUUUGUUUAUUUGUUUAUAUUGUUUUGGAACUUUAGAAGUAAACUUUUUAUAUACUUUUGAAAAUUUUGGGCUCCCUGGGAGCCCAAAAGCUAGAAAUCCGCACUCGAACGACUACACUUUUGUAUAAUUCUCGAAGAAGAUAUAGACCUACACAACAUUAGAUUGAACAUUUGGAGUGGAGCAAGUACAAACGUGAAUAACAAUCCAGACAUGCAUCCGCCUUCACAAUUCGCUGGAAAAGAUUAAGUCAGCGGCAGCGCAACAUGAAAAUCACUAGUACUACACACAAUGACAAUGAGCCAUCACGCCUUGCUGUUGCAAGUAGGCAACCGAAGUUGGUGAAGUUGCUGAGCGAGCUGCUCGCAGGGUUUUGGUUACCGGGUGGCAAAAUUGGUUACCGCUCGGUAAUUGCGUUCUCAACACCGUAGGACAAAAGCAGAUCUUGUGCAUUGACCUUGCACAACGCAGUCUUUUAGCUCUGCUUGGAUUCGAGGCCGUGGAAAAUUAUGUACUUUCAAGGGAUUGGUUUCCUGCCUCCAUUGAGAUGUUUCCCCCUCCCCUCCGUAGAACUACGCGUAACACCCCAUCGAGCACUCCUGUCAAGUAAACUGGUGAUCAAACUACUUGACAUCAGUAGUCGAUGGGUGCCACGGUUAUGUCGGUGUCUAUGUGAGGUUACUUGAACAUGGUACUCACUGUAGGUAUCUAUUUCAGAUUAUAUAUAGUCUAGCCUUAGCCUCGCCCUAUAUAAGGAACAAUGCCUAGGGUUUAUAAGAGUGCUGGGUCUAUUACAACCGGAUGGGAUUUUUUGAGAUCCUCAGGAUGCUUGCCUUGACCACCAACAUGGUUGCGCCUUCUGACGAGGCCAUCAGUCAGGUAGUAGGCAUGGGCCGCACCGUGGUCUAGUGGGCUGACAACUGGCCUACUGAUGUACCCCCAGUCCAUGGCCCGGUCAUAGAUAUUAAGUGUUUCUUUUGUAGAUUUUGAAUUGAAAUGGUUAAUGUAUAGUUAAAUGUAACAACUCCGCUAAUCCAAGCUAGUAACAUGUUUGUCACAUGAUAACAUGUUUGUCACUAUUGUAUCGAUACAAGAGUGCCUUUUCUACCAUCCAUCAUCCAUGUGAAAUAUCGUGCAUGGAUUCGCCUUUCAUUGUUACUUUGAGAUUCGUGCUAUAUGUUAUGGCUUUUGACAAUUGUUCCAAAGUAUUAUAUAAUUUUUUUUGGUUUCAGAAUGCAUCGUCAUGUUUCAUUAUGUGCCAACAAAUCCACUAUGGGACAAGUGCACUCGUAUUUGUUGGUACACAAGAGAAACACAUGAUACAUUUCAAAACAAGAAAAAUAAAGUAAUGUAACACUAUGCAAUAAAACAAACUUUGAACAAUCAAAAAACACGCCACGAAUCUCCAACCAACAAUAGAUGAUAGAUGCAUGCAUGAUACACAUGCUUGUGCGUAUUUUAGAAAAAAAAAUAGAUACAUGCACAAUAUAUUACAUUCAUGAUAGAAUGUCAGUUCUCCUAUCGGUUUGACCGCAUGUACCUGCCUUCCCCCACUAGGCAUGAUUAGCACUACCCCAAUGCUAACAAAAAGGGGCACCUAUCUUUCAGCCCCAAUUAAAGAAAAAAACUACUUUUAGUCACCAAUGCUUGGUCUUCAUUCCUCUUCUCCCCGUCUUUCUCCCACCCAUGUUAGUCCGCCCAUCAUCACUAUCCUCUUACUGUUCGCGUCACCCAUGGUCGGCGUCGAUGCCCUGCUCUAUUCGAGUCGCCUCGUCAGCCGGCCCUUCCCGAGCCUCUACGCCGGCCGAGUCGUCAUUGCCAAAGUCACACCCCAAAAACCACUCCUCCCCGCGUGCGCACCCCCACCAUCAAUUGAUGGACUCGGCUCCACAGCUCACGGCUCACCGGCGUACCACACCCCCUACCCCCACCCCGCACCCAUACAUUCAACCCUCGGACUUUCCUCCGCCCCGCCGCCAUGGCCGCAUCAGUGCUUUGAGCGUGCAGCUUGACCAAAACCUUUUUUUUUCAAUUGCCCGAAAAACAGAAAAAAAAUCAAAUGUAACAAAAUGAUCGAUCAGGCUCGUUGACUUUGGCCCGGUCAAUCUUAUCUAACAAAACCCGGAUAGUGAUACUAGAAUAAGAAAGGAAAGAGACGAGCCUAUUCUUUUACAGAAGCCCAAAAUUCGUAUGAUAUGUUGCUGUCGCUUGAACCCAGUAAGCAAAGCCAUGAGAAGAAUUCUGCAUGGCCAAACUAAGCAAACCCACCUCAUCGCUAACUGCGUCCAGCGCGUACUUAGUCUUCGCCUCUCCUCUCCUCUCUUUGCCCAUCGGUAUAUUAUUAGACGUAACUCGUAGCCAUGCUCACAGUUAAACCUUAGUCACUUGAACCUGCACCACCAAGCCGCAACCACCAUGUCCAGUUCACCUCCUCCGGACGCCGGCGGGUCGCCACCGGUUACUCCAUCUCCAACGCCGCCGGUUACUCCAUCUCCGACGCCGCCGGUACCAGUGACUCCAUCUCCUCCAGACAAUCCGCCUCCGGUGGCCCCAGUGAAUAACCCACCUCCUCCGGACACUAGCAUGUUUACUCCGCCUCCUCCAGUUACUCCAUCACCACCGCCUCCGGAAGCCACUCCCCCGCCUCCAGUGACUCCAUCACCCCCGCCUCCGGAAGCCAUUCCUCCUACUCCGGUGACUCCAUCACCACCUCCUCCGGCAGCAAUUCCGCCUUCUCCGGUGACUGCUCCACCACCACCUCCUCCGGUAGCAAUUCCACCUUCACUACCUCCUCAGGUUGCAGCUGUUCCGCCUACUAUCGCGAAACCCCCGACGAUCGUAAAUCCUCCAGUGGAGCCCCCGGCAGACCCUCCAGCGGAACCCCCGGUGAAUCCUCCUCCGCCACCACCGUCGCCACCUCCACCAAGGCCGCCGACGCGGCCAAACCCAACGCCGAUAACACCGUCGCCACCUCCACCAAGGCCCACGCCGACGCCAAACCCAACCCCGGUAACACCGUCGCCACCUCCACCAAGGCCCACGCCUACGCCAAACCCAACACCAAUUCCUCCCAGGCCGCCGCCAUCAUCCCCAGCUCCGCCGACGGACGUGCCACGUUCAUUUCCACCGCCGCCUGACGCCACGCCGCCACCUCCUGACGACGUCCCAUAUUCGCCGCCGGCCCCGAACGACGCCCCAGCUGAACAAGCGCCCCCGCCGUCAGCUCUAACGUGGUCUCCGCCUCCUCCGCCGCUCUCAACGGACGCGCCGGCGACCUUGGCCAAGUCCUCGUCAAGCAGCAAGACCACGGUGGGCGUGGGCGUAGGCGUGGCCGUCGGGGCGGUGGUUUUGCUCGGCCUCGCGGCUGUCAUCUUCUUCUUCCUGGCCAGACGGCGCCGUCGCCGUAGGGUGCCGCCGCCCGGAACUCCAGGUGCGUACACGAAGCAGCCCUGAUUCUCUGAAACUUUCGUAAGCUCAUACUCCUACUUCAGUAAACCAUGUCGCUAAUCAAGAUUAAAGAGUUAAAUACACCACGAGUGCCUCAACUUGUUCGAUGCGAUCACUUUGGUGCCUAAACUUGUAAAAUACAUGAAACUGGUGCCGUAACUUGUUCGAACGUUCAAAUACGGUGCCUCAGUCCGUAUUUGGGCAUAUGCACAGCCCACGUGUUGUGCCAACAUGGCGUCAACCCACAUGUCAAUUCCUAUGAGAAGAGUAUGCUGAUUGUUUUACAAAAAAAUCCUUGUACUUAAAUAAUUUUCACAAAAACUCCCGAUAUUUUAUUUAAAUAUGCCAAACUGCAUUGAUGUCACCAAGAACAGUUAGUAUCUGUGCAAUAUCUAGAUACACUACUAUUUAUUAGGGAUAUCGGACGAAAUAAUAAAGAGGAAAAAAAGAAAAAGGUUGACUCAAAGAAAAUUUAAAAAAUUAUUAAGAAAUUCUCACGUUUGAAAAAAAGAGAACAACUCAACAUAUUACCUGCCAUAAACUUAAAAAAAGUGUUAGUGCAUUUUUCUCAAAAGCAACAUAUUUUUGGAAAAUUCUCACUUGUAUUAAGAAAUUGUAAACGUGUAUUUGAAAAAUGCCCGUCAUGCAUUCAAAAAAAUUACAACAUCUAUUUCAUAAAAUGUUCAAUAUGUAU